UCUCCGUUUCUCUCCUUCCUUCUGAUGAAAGCACCCUAUUUGCGACUACAGUCUUCUUCACUUUCGCUCUUUCACUCCCUCUCCUUAUCAACGACGAAAUGCAAGAAAUGUUCGGUUCAGUCCGGCGAUCGCUCGUAUUUCGAGAUGGCGGUAGUGGAGAAAACAACGCUUCACCCGGGACCCUAGUCGAUAAGAUCAAUUCCUGCAUUAGGAAAUCCAGAGUCUUCUCCAAGCUCUCUCCUCCAGCGCCGCCUCCGAAGGAAGAAGAACAACCUUCAACCAUUCGCUGGAGGAAAGGCGAAUUGAUUGGAUGUGGCGCUUUCGGUCAGGUUUAUAUGGGGAUGAACCUCGAUUCGGGAGAGCUUCUUGCUGUUAAACAGGUCCUGAUUGCAGCAAAUACUGCUUCCAAGGAGAAAGCACAGACUCAUGUGAAGGAGCUGGAGGAGGAAGUCAAGCUUCUUAAGAGACUCUCUCAUCCAAAUAUUGUAAGAUACUUGGGCACUGUGAGAGAAGAAGAUACCCUGAAUAUUUUGCUAGAGUUUGUUCCUGGAGGAUCAAUUUCAUCACUUCUGAGUAAAUUUGGAUCUUUUCCAGAGGCUGUAAUUAGAAUGUACACAAAGCAAUUACUUCUGGGAUUGGAUUAUCUUCACAAGAAUGGGAUCAUGCAUAGAGACAUAAAGGGGGCAAACAUCCUUGUAGAUAAUAAGGGGCGUAUAAAACUUGCAGAUUUUGGUGCGUCCAAGCAGGUCGUUGAACUGGCUACCAUUUCAGGUGCCAAGUCUAUGAAGGGUACACCAUACUGGAUGGCUCCUGAAGUGAUUCGUCAGACUGGUCAUAGCUUCUCUGCUGAUAUCUGGAGUGUUGGCUGUACUGUAAUAGAGAUGGCUACUGGAAAGCCUCCAUGGAGUGAACAAUACCAAGAGGUUGCUGCUCUCUUCUAUAUUGGCACAACAAAGUCUCAUCCACCAAUCCCAGAGCACCUCUCUGAGGAAGCAAAAGACUUUCUGCUGAAAUGUUUGCAAAAGGAACCAGACUUGAGGCCUUCUCCUGGUGAACUACUACAGCAUCCUUUUGUUACUGAAAAACCUUUGGAGGCUUCACCUUAUUGUGGUUCCAUGGAUAUUUUAACCACUGCAUCACCUUCCUCCUGCAGGAUGAAUCAAGAAAUUAAAUCUGACUCUAUGGAUCUCUGUAAUUUGGGUACUAUUAGUUGUUCAAUCUCGAAAUUCGACGAUCUGUCUACACAUAUAUGGAAAGCUAAUAAUAGCGAAGAUGACAUGUGUCAGAUUGAUGACAACAUGAGUGAAGCAAAUUUAAGUUCUUUUGCGAUACCUGACAACUUUAAGAGCUUCAACCCAAUGUGUGAGCCCUCUGAUGAUUGGAAGAGUAAAACCGACAUGAGUCCAGGGAUGGAUGAACCAGUUCAUUGUGGGCUGUCGCUUUCCGAGGACGAUGAUGAGGUUACCGAGUCUAAAAUUAGGGCUUUCAUUGAUGAAAAGGCUUUAGAACUGAAAAAACUGCAAUCUCCAUUAUAUGAAGAGUUCUACAACAGCUUUAAUCCUUCAUCUUCUUCUUCCACCUUUCAUGAUAUUGGACUUGGUGAGGGUAGUAGCCCAAGCUACCUCAAACUGCCUCCAAAAAGUAAGUCGCCAAAUCGAGCUCCGAAUGGAAGCCCAUCUGGUGCAGUUGACUGUACGAAUAGUGCUAGCCCUGGGAGUUGUGACAGACGCCUUUCUAAUGCCAGCAGUACAUGUAAUCAACCUUUCGCAGAGACUCCAUCACCUAAGAAAAGUGAUGUUGAACAAGAGCCAAAUAGUUCAAGCUUCUCAGAAAGACGUAAGAAAUGGAAGGAGGAACUUGAUCAAGAGCUUGAGAGGAAACGAGAGAUGAUGAGACAAGCUGCGGGUAUGGGAGGGGUGAAAACACAAUCACCAAAGGAUAGAGUCCAGAACAGAGCAAGAGAGAAAUCAAGAUUUGCUUCUCCAACCAAAUAAAAUGAUAAGUUUGAUGAGCACACAAAAUCAAAGAAAAUAGCUGCCUUGGCUAUAAUCAUAAUCAUAGUUGUUGUUAUUUGGGGUAUUUGUAUUUGUUUUUAUUUUUAAUAGAGGAGAUGAUGAUUAUGUAUUAUUCCUCACUCAGCACAUGAAAGAAGUAAUGCCUACAAAAUAUGUAGUUUACCUUCCCUUUCCUCUUUUCUAUGUUAAGGGGAAAUUUAAUUU